UGUUGUGUUGUUCCCAGGUGUGGACAGGAAUGUAUGAACACAUCGGCGAGACGCGUCUGUGGGACACUGUCCUCGGCUUCACCUGCAUCGUCGUACUGUUGCUGCUCAGAAAAGUAAAGGACAUAAAAGUGUCCAGCGGCAGCGCAAGUGGCGAGGAAGUGUCAGGCGCUCGCGCUGCUCUGGCACAAGCUCUCUGGUUCCUCUCCACGACGCGCAAUAUCCUUGUCGUGCUCGUCUGUGCUGCGCUCGCGUAUUACUUCGACACGAGGAAGCAGACACCCUUCGUGCUUACAGGUGAAGUGAAACCGGGCCUACCGUCCAUUGGCCCCCCGCCGUUCUCAGCAACCGUGGGCAAUCAUACGUACAACUUCAUGGAGAUGGCUUCCACGCUUGGCUCCGCUAUAUUCGUCGUCCCGUUACUGUCCAUCCUGGAGAACAUCGCACUUGCCAAAGUCUUCUGUGAGUACUACUUCCUGUACGAUAUCAAUUUCUAAACGUCCCACUGAUGGGAGAGGAUU